AAGAUACCCUUCAUCUCUGCACAUCUACAGACGUAGGCCAUCCAAAGGGAAAGUAAAUUCCCAGAGUACCACAAAAACCCAAACUCAAACCCCUUUUUCAGCAAAAAGAAGUAGAACAGCACCUCUCUCUCUCAUUCUCUCUCUCUCUCUAAUCUUUAUUCUUUGGAAGUUUGAACCAAAAACCCCUCUUUUUUAAGAUCUACCGAAAAAAAAAAAAAAGAAAUUCCUCCUAUUCAAAACCCUUUCAAAGAAAAAAAAAAAGAAAAAAAAAAGAAAACACUGCCAUGAUUUGAUCCAUCAAAGAACCAGCCAAAGCCCAAAUGGGUUUCCCCACAAGAAACUUUUCCAAUUUCUUUCUCUUCUUCAUCAUCUUCUUCACAAAUUUCAACCUUAUCCCACUCACUGAAUCUGCCUCUGAUUAUACCUCUUUGGUCUACAAAGGUUGUGCAAAGCAAUCAUUCUCAGAUCCAACUGGGGUAUACUCACAAGCUCUCUCUGCACUUUUUGGCUCUCUGGUUCAACAAUCCUCCAAAUCCAGGUACUUCAAGACCACAUCUGGUACAGGCCAAUCCUCCAUUUCUGGUCUCUUCCAAUGCAGAGGGGAUCUAAGCAAUGCUGACUGCUACAACUGUGUGAGCAAGCUGCCCCAAAUGGUUGACAGCCUCUGUGGGAAAACCAUUGCUGGUAGAGUUCAGCUUCAGGGUUGCUAUUUGCUCUAUGAGGUUGCUGGGUUUGCUCAAAUUUCAGGCAUGGAAAUGCUCUACAAGACCUGUGGUGCUACAAAUGUUGCUGGGAGUGGGUUUGAAGAGAGAAGGGACACUGCUUUUUCUGUGUUGGAAAAUGGUGUGGCUAGUGGCCAUGGAUUCUACACUACUAGCUAUCAAGCUGUGUAUGUUCUCGGUCAGUGUGAGGGAUCUGUGGGGGAUUCAGACUGCAGUGAGUGCGUGAAAAGUGCUGUGCAGAGAGCUCAGGUUGAAUGUGGGAGUUCAAUCUCAGGCCAAAUCUAUCUCCACAAGUGUUUCAUUAGCUAUAAUUACUUACCAAAUGGGGUUCCAAGGAGGUCAUCUUCUUCAUCUUCAUCUUCAUCAUCUUCUUCAUCUUCUUCAGGAACUACAGGGAAGACUGUGGCUAUAAUAUUAGGUGGAGCAGCUGGUGUGGGGUUUCUUGUCAUUUGCUUGUUGUUUGCUAGAGGUUUGAUGAAGAAACAUGAUGAUUUUUGAUUGCAGGAAAUGAAUACUACUCCUUCCUAAAGAGGCAAAACUUCUUUUGAGGUGGACACUUUCCACAUGUAUUUCCCUCCCUCUCUCUCUCUUUCUCUUUCUUUUUUCUUUUUUAGGGAGGAUUUUUUUGAAAUAUAAUUUGGGCUAAAAGAUAGAGUGGACAAGGAGGAGAGAGUGUAAUUAACGUGGGUAUUGUUCUUACAAUUUGCUAAGAAAAUGGUUGGAAAAGAAGGCAAAUUUAGAGCAUGAAAUUAAGAAUUUUUUUUUUUUCCUUUUUUCCCAAAUGUGAAAAUCUAGGCAAGGAAGGAUUGAAUGUUUAUUUUUCAGAAUGGAUGGAAAUCAUUAAAAAAAAAAAAAAAAAAAAAGGGAUGGGCAAUGGAUUGUCAAAUUUGUGUUAUUAUUAUUAUAUUAUUUUUAGUGUUUUUUGUAUAUGUUAAAUUGCCCACAAAAAAAAAAAAAAAAAAGGGCCAUGUGGGUUUUGGUGUCUU